CGAAAAUAAACCCAGGAAUCCAAAGCGGGAAAAAAAAACUGAAUCUUGGCAUACGAAUUUGAAUAGAUUUUUCUUUACUACUUGAAAUUUGAAUUUUGGAUUUUAUGUCGUUAGAUAAUAUAGAACUUCUUGAAGGAUCUCUGCAGAUGAUACCAACCAACGCUAAGUAUAGCUUCUUACAGUUUCCUUACUCCAUAACAAUGUCCCAAAAAGUAUAACGUACUUACUUUCUACUCUUCCAUCUAGAGUGUUCUAACAUCUAUGGGCAAUAAUUCGUUCAUGGAAUUCGUCAGUGGUCAGAUUUAUUCCUGAAUCGACGUCAAUCGAACCUUGUUCAACUCAACAAACAACCGGAGGCUUGCAUUUGAAAAAACACCCUGACCCCAGCCAUCGUACAAUGUCGUCAUAGCCCCUGAGAUAUGUAUGCGUAAUCGUCGAUUGGUGACUUUCAAAAGAAUCGCAACUCCGCAGGUAUAGAGUGGAAAAGUCCAGUUUUAACAGCGCGUUAUCGAUUUCAUACAUUUAAUGCCAAGAACUCAUUCCUCACGACAACGGAACAUAGGGACAUGCGACAAGAAUGAGCUAAUUAGUCGCAGGGAACAAAGCCCUGAAGGAGAUUCCUGACUACAGACAGCACUCAGGGGACACUUGACCGUUGGUACUUUCAUUCAAAGCACAUUUGCAUAGUAUUGCAUGUCUGUAGUAUGUUGGCACUUGGGUUACUGUUCAUUCAGUAGAAUAGAGCGGAAAACCGCAAUCCGCAAAUACAGUUACGAAGAUGCGUUCUGUAACAUCCCACCUGGAGAAAUUGGGAGUUCAUUGUCCUUGAUAAAUACUUCCUAGAUCGUCGAGUCUUGUGGGCUUGGGGCAUUGCAUUAAGCCAACGGAAGCCAACGGGCGAAUUCCGUAAUUUUUAUUUUUAUACGUAGUUUGGGCGAUCUUCUGGAACUCGACACACGUGAUGGGACCCGGCCAUAUUUGAGAGAAACAAUCCGUCUAGUAGUAACCAAGAAUCCGUGAAGAACGGCUGGGCGCUGGAAAACGGCUGGUAUCGCGGUGAAGUUGUCGUGGAUAGUUUUUGAUUGUUUCAACAUUGGCUCGUGUGAUUGAAUCGGAAAUUAUUGUGCACGAUGCACGGUAAAGUCGUUCGCCAAGUGAGCCAAGUUCCAUCGGUGCUUGCCUUUAAUCAAACUUCACCCGACGCUAACCGUUUCGGUGAAUCCAUUCGCAUACUUUUACGCUGGAAGGGAAGCAUCUACAAGACAAUAUGGAAAGACUUGUUGGUUUAUUACGCUCUGUAUUACCUGCUCACCAUUUUACACAAAUAUGUGCUCGACGACGACGGAAAAAAAGCCUUCGUGGCAUUGGCAAAAUACUGUCUGCGGAAUUCCAAUUCCAUUAACCUCAUGAUUAUGUUGUCCUUCUUUACAACGACGGCUCUCCAACGUCUCUUUACUAUGCAAACAAUGGUUCCGGGAACGGCGAAAGUCAUAACAUUUUUCAUCAUGUCACUCAAAACAAAUUUGCCUGAGGGUCCGAUCAUUGUUGAGCAAUUUGCACGCUGGACGGUACUGGCCUGGAUACUCACUUUCCGCGUUGUUUGUAAACCUCUAAGAGCGUUAUUCCCUGACAUGAUUUCUCUUCAGGUGGCUGGUAUCAUUCGAGAGAAAGAGAGAUGCAUUUUGGAGAGGGUAGAGACGGAGCACAACACGACACCUCGCGCUUUGGUGGUCAUCGACUGGAUGAUUUUAUUACUAAAAGAAACCGCGAUACACAACCGUUUCACUGAAAAGUCCAAUCACCUUAAAGUUCUGGAUAUUGUGAUGUCAUUCAAGAAAAGCUGCGGAAACACGAUCAAAUUUGCAACCAAAAAUAUUCCGUACGCCCUUAUCCAGGCUGCCAUUAUUGUCGUGUACACGUACGGAUUGGUAACGUUAAUGGCUCGUAAUUUUGAAGAGGCGGCCAGCAGUGGGUUCAUGGAAGGAAUUGUUAAUUUUUUCCCCGUGAUUCCCAGCAUGCAGUUUUUCAUUUUUCUCAUCUGGCUGAAUUUUGGCCGAGUGGCCGUGAAUCCCUUCGGAACCGACGAGGAUGAUAUUGACGUCAAGCUGCUACUAGAGACACAUAUCCAGGAUUCUUAUCGAUUGGGAAAUCUUUAUACUCAGGAAUUGGAUCACAUUUUUGGCGCUAUGCCCCAGAAGCAAUACAAUGAAGCAUCUUCCCUUCAAACUGCUGCUCCCAUUUAGAUGAGCAUACUUCAACAGCAUAUAAACGGUGUUUACAAUCCUAAGAACGUGUAACACGUCAACAUUACUAUAAGGGUUUAACAGAAAAUAAGCUCCAAGGAUCAGAAAAAAGAGGGUCAGCCAAUGUUCCUUUAUUGCCCGCCAACAACUCCUGGUAAGCCCUUAUGAAGAAUUCAAUUAUUAUUUCGCCAGUUCAGAGGUAGGCCAAAAAACAUUUUAUCCGAAUUACGUUUUUGUUACAAAGUCCCUUCUCGAUAACGCUAUUUGAAACGUUUGAUCCAGUGCCAAUGAGAAUCACAAAUUUUGGCCAACCGAAAUGCAAAGUAGAUUUUUUUAGCAUCCGUGUUUCUUACAAACUCCGCGCGGAGAAUGCAAAUAAAAACAGACGUUUGUUGUAUAAGGAUUCGUUGGUCAAGGAAAUUGAUUGUUUGUCGUAGGACAACUAUCGUAAUCCUCUCACGAUAAGUCCAAGGAUUCCGGAUUGUAUUUCGCAACGGAUGCGGUGUGCCACACUUUUUAGGUUGAACCAAAUAUUUGGAGACGUUGACAAAGUGUUAGCUAUUUCUUUAGUUACCAAUCUAAAUGUAAAUUCAUGUCUGACUGAAUCUGCCCAAAUUCCAUUUUCCGAUUUCCCCCAAGAUAUAAUUCAAUCAAAUCCAUCCAUCGCUCAGAAUACCCCAAGGUUAAUUCAGUGGAAAGUUCCCAAUAAGGAUAAACGUGUGACCUGAAUGCAAAGUAUACUAUAUAUUUCAGCUGAGAUCUGCGUCAACGCAAACUGGUUUUCCUGAUAUGUUCAGAUGUAAAGAAUCUAUAAGCAAUAGAUUCUUAAUGGAUCUAAUUAUAAUUAAGAGAUUGACACAAUUACGAAUGCUGGCAAUCAGAGCUCCUGUAUCUAAAUCUUCCCAUUUCAAUAACGUAAAUAUGAAGGCCCCUCUCUCGCCUUUUCAUUUUACUCGCGAUUCAGAAUAUCGGCUAAUUUAAAAUAAUACCAUAAAAUAAUACUGGUUCCGUAAUUAACUAAUCAUUAUUCAUAACACUCUUGCAAGCAUAUUCGGUUUAAUAAAUCAUCUUUAUUCCUCAAUUCCUUUCCAUUCGAUGGCAUUCUACGCAACAAAUACCUGCUGAUGUUUGG